UUUACUUCAAAUUCCGUUCUCUCACUGCGUAUUACAUUGUCUCAACGAAGCAGAAAGAAGCCAUGUUAAUUAGGGUUUACGACUCGCCGGGGAUUAUGUUUUUUUAUGGUGUACGUCAGCAUUCAGUCUCUUUACUCAAGUGGGCGAGACAGACUAAAGAAGGGCGUCUUCAGCAAUAGUAUAGGCCACUCGCGGCAAUACCUCGGAACACCCGUUUGAAUGUAUAGUAUACACCUUGUAGUGGCCGCCUGAGUCAUUGCCACGGCGCUGACACAUUCCUGGACCGGACUACCUCUGGAGCUCAGCUGAUCAAUCUGUUUCUCCUAUGGUUCACUGUGUACAAAAUGGCGGUGUCGGGUACGGAAAAGGACGGAAUUAAUACUGACGAUGAUCACCUGAACAAUUCACUGGGAAAUCCGGGGAUAUUAUCUCCAGACAGAGAGGAUAUACGGCUACUGGCAGUUCCUUUCAGUGGUCGCAUCAAAGGUGGGAUGAGGCCAGGAAAGAAGAUCAUUGUAAUGGGGAUUGUAGAUCCCGAACCGGAGAGCUUUGACAUCAGCCUGACAUGUGGCUGCGGUACAGAGGAGAAGCCGCCAGCAGAUGUGGCCCUGGAGCUCUGUGCCAGGUUUGAAGACCGCCAGUUCCUGCGCAAGGCCUGUGUGUCUGGCACCUGGGGUGAGGCAGAGAAGCCAAUCCCCUACUUUCCCUUCAUCGAAGACCAGCCGUUUCGGAUCGAGAUCCACUGCGAACACCAGCGCUUCCGAAUAUUUGUGGACGGACACCAGCUCUUUGACUUUUAUCACCGCGUGGCAUCCUUGCCGGCCAUUGACACGAUAAGGAUAAAUGGGAGUCUACAGAUCACCAAGCUGGGCUGACUCGGUCCGUCCCGGCAAGAGAAAGAGGGACCUCUCACAGGUGAAGGUGCAACACCUGUCUCUUCACACAUCGUGCAACACAGCAAUAGUAUCGACUCAAACCCGCGCUCACGGCAAUGGCAUCAUCCUCCGUUUCCCUCUCUUUUAUUUUUGUGAUGCAAACAAUGUCUGCCGCCCGAUUUCAGCUGUCAGUCUCUCACAUCUGGGCACAGUGUUGCCAGUUUAGCAUGCGGAUGAAUGGUUGCAAUGUCCAGUUGCGUGUCUUGGCUGUGAGGAAAAAUUCGACUCACUGUCAGUCCGUUUUGUCAAGGACGUCACAAUGUAACAUCAGUGAAUGCUGGCAGAGUACGCCACGGCAAAAAUUACAGCAAAGAAAAUCUCAACUCUCGAGUAAGGCAUUUUUGUAUUGGUGAAAGUGCAUAGGUACUCAGGAAUAAAAUAUCAUUAGAUGUAUUUAUUUGUCUAAUAUGUAUUUAUUAAUCAAUGACUACAAAAACAGUGGUAUUUAUUAGGAGAGAUUGGGAGCACCUGCGUAGUAUUGAAGUUCAACAUUUUCAGAGAAGAUGUUUUAAAAAUCCUUGCCGAUAUGUUUUCCAAAGCUAAGAGCAAAGCAAAAAAUGGCAAAUUAGAUUUAGUUAGUUGAAGGGAAAAGCAAACAGAAUAUUUGAAUAUAUAGAGUCAGCAUUAAAAAUAUAUUGUGAAGUCUCUUGUCAAGAUGCAGCAGUUUUUAAUUUAAGCAUUUGUAGAUAUGAAGUUAUCAAUGUGUCAUCAGUGCUCAUUACAAUCUUUGUUGCUCAUUGCAAUCAUUAAUUUGUGGUCAGUAAUUUACUGAUGCAGGGCUGCACUGUAGUGUGUAGAAUAUCAUUUAGGCAGAGCUGCUUUCAGAGUAGUUGUAGAGGUGAACAGGAAUGGUUUCCCUGUGCGGUUUGGUUCAGAUCGCCACGUUAAACGAUUGACUCACCUACUAAUGAAGAAUGGUACUCAGCAAGCGUCCUUUCACUUCUGUGUGGCUCAGUAUAAUUCCGCUGAGAACGUUUCACUAAGAACAGGGUUAAAUAUGCAAUUAGAGGGAGGUUCAGUCCCGAAAGUGGCCAUCACCUGACUGUUACUAUCUUUGUUUCACAGGCUGAAUGUACUAUAGUGUAUUGUAUGCCUUGUAAAAAUGUAUUUGAAAAUGCAAUCACUGGUAAUUGUAAUGUAGUGUAGUUUCAGCUUCAACUAGAGAAUAUUUAGCUGCAGUGAUGAAGCAGGCAUUUUGUAUGACAAGAACUUUCACUUUUUGUGUAACACUGGCCACCUUGAACAGUAAGUAAACUGCAGACAAGUGACCUGCAGAUACUUUGGCACAAUUUUAAUCUUCAUUACCACAGGAUGUGCUCUGCCUUCCUAUUACAAAUAAACAGUAGAUUUGACCUCUUAAACUUUACACACAGCACCAUUAGCGUUUUGUAGCUGUAGCUGUCAACCACAAGACACAGGGCUGGGUAUUUUCUGAAUGUUUUCUUCUUGAGCUGUGGUUGAGGUGAACGGGUAUGAUUGUAGUGAUACUGAACUGAAGAGCGUCGUGCUUUCCUGCGUUUUACCUGUAAUGUAAAAACCAAUAAUCUCCCGAUUAGCUUUUGUAAUGACUGCGUACGGUAGCAGCAAAGCCGCUGCAUUAUUCAUGGCUUUCUGUUCGUCUGGAGCGGUGCUGUGCUCUGCUGAGACGGCUCAAGCGCAUGGCUCAGCAGCAAGUGAUUAUCCUCAGUUCACCUGCCGAAAGGGGGGGGGGGGGGGGGUCACAGACACAGGAGAUCACCAGAAGUGAGGUGUCUGUGCCUGUCUCUUCAUUACUACGGUACAUGAACUGACAUGGCACUAGGUCCGUGGUAACAUUCCUUACAUAGCAGCAAUUGUCAAAUAUUCACAUUGGAAAAAAUCUAAACUCUGCCUUUAAGCAGUGCUUGAAUGAUUCUUUCAAAAAUUUCUGAAGAAUACUCUCUCUGGAACAGUAUUUUCCGGAAUUCCAGUAUUGCUAUGUUUACUCAUAGAUGCAAAAAUACCUCCUUUUAAAAAUAACAUAUUAUAAUGAAUGAACUGCCACUGCCUUUCUGCUGCUACUCAUAAACUAGGAACCUGUACAGAUAUUAUGAUCCUGGAAAAUUACAUGUGCUUUUACUGUGACUUGACCUGACACAUGACAUGACAGCGUUAAGAUCUAAGGCGUAGAACGUUAAGCCAGCAUUUGAGUUCAACAUGCAUGUGCCAGGCCUCACCAGAAAUCAUGGCAAACUUGGAAUGGCAAUUGAAAGAGCUGCCAGGGCAAAGAUCAUGUAGCACUGGGCUUAAGGACUAACUAGCUGCAGCUGAGAGCUCUCAUCCAGGACACAGAUAUUCCACUGUAUACUAUACUGUACAUGCCCACUUCAUUAACUGAAGUGAAGCGCUUGGUAACAGUUACGAAGCAUUCUGUUGAGCUGUUGUCCAGCCCUCCAGUGUCUAUGGUUUCGCUAUCAGGGUCAGCCCAGCCUGCAGUCUUUCCUGCAGGAGGAAUUCAGCCUUGACUUUUCUGAUGAAUUUUUUUGAUUGCUCAGUUACAGACCAUCAGGACUGCUCACAUAGUUGUUGUUUUUUUUUUUUUUUUCUUCAGUCCCUUGGCAGGCUACAUGCUGUAGCAAAUCCAACAUUCAGAGCUUCUUGGACAGGAAAUGACAGUGUAGGAAAUUAAGUGGAAAAAUUACUGUGAAGAGUUGACCCAUGCCAUAGAAGGUGGCAGCAAAUAGAAAUAUCUGUGUCAUAAGCUUUGGAGAAAUGCUUUGUUUGAAAGAGCAGAAUCAAAGACUUCUCCUAUGAUCGUUUCCAUACCAGUGCAUCGAUUUAAGAUGUGUAUUUGUGUUGUGUCAGUGACACUUGUUCUUCAGCCACACGCAUAGUUCAUUUUUAAACUUCAGAGUGUUACGGUUGGGAAUGGAGAUCUUCAAGUCAUCUGUGCACAUGCGCAUACACACACAAAUAUAUGAAAAUAGAAAACCCCUGAUCAUCUUCUACAGUUACAUCCACAAAGAGUGGGAUUUUUUUUUUUUUUUUGAAACAGGGUAUUAUACAGGAGAAUAGAAACAGAUAUGUGCAGAAUCCAGGCAGAACACAAUGCAGGGCUUUCCCCCUUGAAUCCAUUCUCCGAGAGAAACCCAUCUUCAGCCAUCUCUGCUUUUUCAUUAGCAUCAGUAAGUAAGCAAUCAGCCUCAUGGCAAGGGGCUUAACGUCCUUAUUUGAGCAGAUGAAGAAAAGAGCUGCCUGAAUGGAGGAGUCAUUGAUCUCUGGGGCAGUGUUAAGUUUGUGUCAGGAGUUUCCCCCUGAUGAUUUCUGGAGGGGUUUGGUUCAUUUUGCAUAUUUGUAGUGGUAGGGAGAGAGCAGACUGCAGAGAGAAGUCCAAACGGUGCUCGCAGAACGCGCCUCAACAGCGCUCUAUGGUUCUUUUUGUUGCGCAUUUCUAACGUGCCGAGUGAGAAGCAACUCUGACGAUGCUUUCUGCGUGUUCAGUAGCAGCACAGCUGUGGAGGAGGACACUCCGCCACCCUGUGUGAGGCAUGUUCAGCUGUUUGCACAUGACUCCUCUUGUAGAUCUGGAGCCAAAAAAGAUAUGGAGGAGGGACUGCAAUAUUUCACUGUCAUUGUCUGUUAACAAAAUGCGUAUUAAAGGUAUCAGCUGGAUUCAUUCUUUGACAAACCUGAACCCAGAACCUAAACCCAGAACCUGAACCCAGAUCAGCAAUGACACAGAUAUUCUGGCUGUAAUAGUAAAUCCCAUAUUACUGAAGGGUGUAGUUUUACCUUUGAUAUGUAAACUGCAGCAACAAUUUGGAGAUACCGUACUUGUUUUAAACAAAUAUAUUGAUAUUUGGAUGUACAAUAUUACAAUGCUACAGUAUUACUUGAUCAUUUUUAAAUCGCACAAUGUAAUGGCUGAGGUGUUGCUUCAUCUGGAAUCUCUGGUCCUGGGUUCAUAACUGCCAAUCCUUUAUUACUUUUGGAAAAUCUAUAUUUCAGAGAAGCGGGGCAAAAGAAGAAGAAUACAGCAGUCUCAGUUGUACCAGCGUGAGGUUUCUUCUUUCUCAUCAGCCUGAAAUAAAUACUGCACUAUUACUGAAACUACAAGGGCCUUGAACAUGAGUAGUUCAAAAUGAAUGUCACUGCUCCUGGCUGUAACCAAGUAUGGCUGUGUGUUCUGUAAAGAAACAGUUGUAAAAUAACACCUGUGUGUACAAUCAUGAUAUUUCUUUUAAUGUAAAUGAAGGGGUUACCUACUAAGCUACCUGUAUUUUAGAAGGUACAAUGUGAACAGAUUCAAAAUAAGGCAUAAUUCAUGUCAUUUCAAUUCAUCCCUUUUUCCCCAAAUGAUUUGCCUAAUUGACUUUUUUUUUAAUACGAGGCGCUUUCCAAGCUAUACAUACCUGGUUAAGAGAUCAUUACAAGCACUUUCGUAAAGUAAGUGUAUGACCAAAUACGAACAAUGUAUAAUCUGUGAUAAAAAAGGUGUUCACGGGUCAUGUAUUGAUUAUAAAUGCAAUGAAUUGGUGUCCUCUCCAGAUCUGGUGAUAGGUCUUGUUCCAGCAUUGUAUCAGAUUGUAUCAAAUUACCUUUCACUGUACUGAAAUAGUGCCCAGAUGCUUUCUGUAUAAAUAGGCUUUAUGUAAAUACAGCAGGCUGUCUCCACUUUGUCUGUAAGAAUUAAGGUACCCCAGAGGUGCUGACACACGGUUCCAUUUUUAUUUAUUUAGGUUUAGUUUUGAUUUAUUCUGUCUGUCAAUAAAGUGCAAGGUUGUGAAGGCUUUUUUGAGGGUUUGAGCGUGAUGCUGUUACUUAAGUCAAAAUGUAUCUUUGUGCUUUUUCACACAAACUGCUCAUUGGUCCAUUUGCAGACUAAUAAAGUGAUGCACUGGCAGAUGCGUCGCCACUGAAUUUGUCCCUCAUUGAAAAACUUUCACAGUUUGUGUUAAUCCCGUCGCUUUAGAAAUGCUUUUAAAAUACAGAUGAUUUUGUUUCAGCGUUUCACAG